AUGUCGUUGCAUCGCGUCUGUCGCGGGUUUCUGCGCAGAUCCCGUGAGUCUAGAAGCACCCAUGCGAGAACCGGUCGUGCUGCCGCAGCAGCAGGGCCUUCUGGGACCUUUCACAUCCCACCUGCUGAGAUAGCGACUGCUGCCAAGCAUGGCACGGCGGCCCCGUGGCAAGGCGCAGGCGGGGCAAAGGGCAUCCACUGGCCAAUCGCAGCAGCGUGUGAGCGCGAGGUGCAGCGUGCGGAGCCCCCUUGGGGUCAUGUUUGGGGUCAUGGCCACCUCCAUUCCUAUGCACAAGCACAACUGCAGCAAGUUUUGAGGCGCCUCAAAAGCCAUCCCCAUCCACAAGCGCAGCCACAGCAAGUGCUGCUCCGCGGCUCACCACUGCUCGCGAGGCACGGGCCAAACCGGGAGACAAGCACCGCACCUCAUGCUUCCCACGCCUGGAGCCCCCCUGGGGCCAUUCGAGCGACGCCAGCCGUUGAUGCUGUGCACGGGAUCUCAGCCGUCCGUUUAGCACUACCUCAAAGACCGAGUUUGUGUGCCCAACCGGUGCCGCUGCUGCCUGCCCGGCUGCUGUCGACUGCUGCUGCUGCUGCUGCUGCUGCUGCAGGGACAGCCCACCUUUUCCACAGACCCUCCGAGCUCAUUCUCCCACAGCAGCUCUCCUCCGCACGACCUUGCCCCCCUCCAACGCUCCUCACUUGUAGAAUCUUGGGGGCUCUUUGCCUCACGCUGCGCCUCCCAGUGUUUGCCUCACGCUGCGCCUCCCAGUCAGGAGCAGCAGCAGCAACCCCUGGGCCCCCAAAGCGCUCGUGGCUGGCGGUGGCGCUGCUGCUGCUGCCGUGUGCCACUGCCUUUGGCCUCGCUGCCUGGCAGAUCCAGCGCUACUUCUGGAAGUUGGAUCUAGUGGAGCGGCGGCAGCAGCGCCUGCAGGAGCCGCCAGUGCCGCUGCUGGAAGCCCUGCAGGCCCAAGCGCUCGCCACGGGGGAGGAAGCCACACUGCCCCUGCUGCCGCCACCGCCUGCCACAUCAGCAGCCGCUGCCGGGCCUCAUGGGUCUGAUUCGGCAGCAGACGGGUGUGGCUCGGCAGCAGAGGGGCCUGGGUGGGCGGCAGGGGAGUUGGAGUUCAGGCGGGUGGAGUGUGAGGGGCGGUACCACGAUGCUCGGUCGCUGUUUGUGGGGCCCCGGGCGCACACAGUGAGGGGCGCGCAGGAGAAAGGGUACUUCCUCGUCACUCCGCUCAUCCCUCCCCCUGGCAGCCAGCAGCCAGCAGUGCUGGUAAACAGGGGGUGGGUGCCCGAGGCAGUGAGGCGAGAGGCAGAUGCGUGGAUGGCGGGGGAGAGGGCGAGGGGGGCCGCACGCGAGGCGGGUAAGGAGGAGGUUGAGAGCGGUGGCAAUGGGACGAGCAGGAGUGGUGGUGGCGGAAGCAGCAGCAGUGGCAGCAGCAGCGGUGGCGUUAGUGUGAAGGGCAGCAGCAGAGGGUGGUUUGGGUCGGGGGGAGGUAAAGGGCGGGCCUCAAUCGAAGCAGAGACAGCAGGCAGCGAGCCCAACGCCCCUCCUGUGAUCCGUGUGUCCGGUGUGGUGCGAGGCAGCGAGAAGCCGAACCACUUUGUGCCGCCCAACGCGCCGGAGCACAGCGAGUGGUUCUGGGUGGACGUGCCUGCCAUGGCCCAGGCAUGUGGCCUGCCACGUGGCACUCUGCUACUGGACGCCAUGAAACCAACCGACGAAGAGGAAGAGGAGAAGGAGCGUACGUCUGGCAGCAGCAACAGCAGCAGCAGCAGCAGCGGGCAGGCGGGUGUGUGCCCUGUGUUUCACAGCGACCCUCGCUUCCCUCGCCCCAAGGACCCGGAGGAGCUCGUGAAGCUGGCAGUCAUGCCCACCGACCACAUCACCUACGCUGCCACCUGGUUUUCUCUCUUCACAGCCACGUCAGUGAUGGCUUACAAGCGCCUUCGAGUCGUGCCUAGGAAGGGGCGCUAA